UGCUGGUGCUUUAUAUGUACGCAGAGAGCCCGCGUCCUUUCCUUGGUGCGAUUCUGUCCUGCGCGUCUGUGCUGCAGCGCUGAAGCCGUUUGUCUCCGCCCGCCUUCUCUCUCACCUAAGUGCGCGCUACCACCCCAUGGAAGAUUCUAUGGACAUGGACAUGAGCCCUCUGAGGCCCCAGAACUACCUUUUCGGUUGUGAACUAAAGGCCGACAAAGAUUACCACUUUAAGGUGGAUAAUGAUGAAAAUGAGCACCAAUUAUCUUUACGAACGGUCAGUCUAGGGGCUGGAGCAAAGGAUGAACUGCACAUUGUUGAAGCAGAGGCAAUGAAUUACGAAGGCAGUCCAAUUAAAGUAACACUGGCAACUUUGAAAAUGUCUGUACAGCCAACGGUUUCCCUUGGUGGCUUUGAAAUAACACCACCUGUGGUUUUACGGUUGAAGUGUGGUUCAGGGCCUGUGCAUAUUAGUGGACAGCACUUAGUAGUGCCUCCUGAAUUUAUUUUAGCUGUGGAGGAAGAUGCAGAGUCAGAAGAUGACGAGGAGGAGGAUGUGAAACUCCUAAGUAUGUCUGGAAAGCGGUCAGCCCCUGGAGGUGGCAGCAAGGUCCCACAGAAAAAAGUAAAACUUGCUGCUGAUGAAGAUGAUGAGGAUGAUGAUGAGGAGGAUGAUGAUGAUGAAGAUGAUGAUGAUGAUGAUUUUGAUGAUGAGGAAGCAGAAGAAAAAGCUCCAGUAAAGAAAUCCAUACGAGAUACUCCAGCCAAAAAUGCACAAAAAUCAAAUCAGAAUGGAAAAGACUCAAAACCAUCAACACCAAGAUCAAAAGGUCAAGAAUCCUUCAAAAAACAGGAAAAAACUCCUAAAACACCGAAAGGACCUAGUUCUGUAGAAGACAUUAAAGCAAAAAUGCAAGCAAGUAUAGAAAAGGGUGGUUCUCUUCCCAAAGUGGAAGCCAAGUUCAUUAAUUAUGUGAAGAAUUGCUUCCGGAUGACUGACGUGGAGGCUAUUCAAGAUCUCUGGCAGUGGAGGAAGUCUCUUUAAGAAAAUAGUUUAAACAGUUUGUUAAAAUUUUCCGUCUUAUUUCAUUUCUGUAACAGUUGAUAUCUGGCUGUCCUUUUUAUAAUGCAGAGUGAGAACUUUCCCUACCGUGUCUGAUAAAUGUUGUCCAGGUUCCAUUGCCAAGAAUGUGUUGUCCAAAAUGCCUGUUUAGUUUUUAAAGAUGGAACUCCACCCUUUGCUUGGUUUUAAGUAUGUAUGGAAUGUUAUGAUAGGACAUAGUAGUAGUAGUGGUCAGACAAAUGGGAAUGGUGGGGAGACAAAAAUAUACAUGUGAAAUAAAACUCAGUAUUUUAAUAAAGUA